AUGUCGUCUAUGCGAAAUGCCGUGGCGCGACGCCCUCACAGAGAGCGUGCGCAGCCCUUGGAACGUCGAAGACUCGGUCUUCUCGAGAAGCACAAGGAUUACUCGCUUCGAGCCAAGGACUUCAACAAGAAGAAGGCGCAGCUCAAGAAUCUCAAAGAAAAAGCGGCCGAGCGAAACGAGGAUGAAUUCUACUUUGGUAUGAUGUCCCGAAAGGGACCGGGCUCCAGGAUUCAAGAUGGCAAGCGAUGGAGCGGAACGGUUGAGGGCGAUCGAGGAAACAAGGCGAUGGAUGUUGAGACCGUGCGGCUUUUGAAGACGCAGGAUAUCGGAUACAUUCGGACGAUGCGACAGGUUGUUGCGAAGGAGGUCGCGAGACUGGAAGAGCAGGUUGUUCUGACACGAGGUUUCGACAAGCUUGACGAGGAUGAGGACGAUGAGGACGAGGGCAGCGACUCGGAAUUCGACUUUGCGACCGCCCCGUCAAGACCCAAAGAGCCCCGAAAGAUUGUAUUCAUGGACGACGAAGAGCAGCGUGAGGAAACAAUACUGGAUCUCGAGGACGAAGAUGACGCCGAGAAGACCGACGAUGAAAAGAAGAAGGAGGAAGAUUUCGAGCGCGCAAAGGCCCUCCGCCGCCUCCGUCGCCAAUUGGAGAAUGCACGAAAGAAGCUCAAGGCCUUGACAGACGCAGAGGGCGAACUAGAGAUCCAACGGGCAAAGAUGGCAAAGACAGCGACAUCGGGAGGAACGACACGCAAGGGAAAGAAGAUCAUGGUGCGGACACGGAAGCGAUAA